AUGGCGAUCUUCGGGAACUUGAAGCCCAAGUCCAAGAAGAGUAAACAGGCGUUUCCGGAACCUCGGCCUCAAAACGUUCCAAUCCGCCAGUCCCAGCAUCUUUUACCAGAUUCACAUCGCGAUAUACGUCCGCCAAAUGGGUCUUAUAACGACCAAAGACCAAAUACAUCUCAUGUCUUCGGCAACUCCCCACCACAGCAUUGGACACCCCAGAAUUAUCAGCCUGUCCAUAUAACGCAGAACUUCAUCAUUGCUCCUCCCCUUCCCGAAAGGCCUCAUAAGCCAAGCAAUAAUAUCAGCAAGCUAAACUUAAACUCUGUAUCAAACUUAUUAGCUGGGAAUGUUCCCGAGUACAUCCCGGGCGCACAAAUAUUCAACAAUGGAGUACCGGCAGGCACGCAAUACCUGAAUCAGGCAGCGGCGUUAUGUGAAUUAAUAUCGUCGAAGUUCGAUACGGUUAUCACACGCAUCGAUGGCGGUAAUUUUAGUGGAGAUGAGAGGGAGUUGGCCGUUGGGCCUCCUCUCCCGAUGAGGCCGCAGGAGCUGCCGCAGGAGCUGCCGCAGGAUACGAAUCGGUCGGCCGUCAAGAGCGGGAAGUCCAAGGGAAUGGUGAAUAAUUCUGUAUCAUCAGCAAUAGCAGGCACGAAUUACUUUGCUAAAGUCAGUCUCUACGCCAAUUCAAGACUCCCACCCAAUUUACCACCAUUGAAAGUAUAUAUACCCACAUUCCCUUUGCUGUGUCUUGCAGCACAAUAUUCCGAAAGCGUAUACGAUAGACCCAAAGCAAGAGAGAAGGAAACACGUAUUGAAGCGGAUUGGAGGUUGGGGACAAAAGCCAUGGUCAUCAAAUCUCUCCCGAUGGACGAUAUGAACACAAUUGUCUUUGCUGUCAUGGGUACACAGACGUUUAUGGACUGGGCGGUAAAUCUAAACUCAGCUCCAGCUAGCCCCGAAGGCUUUUUGGACGACUCAGGAAACCUCUGUCAUGCAGGUUUCCUUACCGUGGCAAAGAAGAUGGUCAAACCAGUCGCAGCGCGUCUUCGCCAUCUUCUCCAAGAGAAUCCUAGCCGAUCAAGUUACUCGCUCCUCAUUACCGGCCACUCGGCCGGCGGCGCAGUGGCUGCACUACUCUACUCUCAUAUGCUCUCAACAAGCCGCGAGACAAAAUCUGAACUCAAUACCCUCACGGGAUGUUUUAAACGGAUUCACUGUGUGACGUUUGGCGCCCCGCCCAUCUCACUCCUCCCUCUCACCAAACCAUCUAACCCCCAACUUCGAAAAUCGAUCUUCAUGUCCUUUGUGAAUGAAGGUGACCCGGUUACACGAGCAGACAAAACUUAUAUACGAUCGCUGCUUGAUCUGUACUCCUCUCCCGCUCCCAGCCAAUCAUCCAUACCGUCCGCUGGGCUACAUCAGCUUAAUCCUCCCGCAUCUAAGUCAUGGAAAUCCACAAGUUCUCUCGCUAUCAAUAAAAUCAAAUCCUCAACAAAGAUUUCACAGCCUCCUGUAGUAGCAGCAUCUGCACCUUUCUGGCCAGUGCCUCAAGCUACAUUAAGCAAUGCAGGCAGAGUAGUAUUGCUACGGAGUGUAGAGAGAUAUGCAAGUUGCCCAAAUAAGAAAAGGACCAUCCAGGAUCGGAUGAAUGACGGCGUAGUUGCGCAAAUAGUGACAGAUGAGUUAUUAAGAAACGUGAUUUGGGGCGAUCCCAUGUGCCACAUGAUGAGUUUAUACUCGAGGAGAAUUGAGGUGCUAGCUACGAAUGCGGUCAUGGGACGAUCUUGA